CAAGCACUUGUAUCAAAGCAUCAACCAGCAUGGGGAAGAUUAUUUUCUACGAGGACAGGAACUUCCAAGGCCGCUCUUAUGAAUGCAGCUCUGAUUGUCCUGACCUGUCUUCGUACUUCGGUCGUUGCAAUUCCAUUCGAGUAGAAAGUGGAAACUGGAUACUCUAUGAGCAACCCAACUAUAGAGGAAACCAGUAUUACCUUAGAAGAGGCGAGUACCCUGACUUCCAAAAAUGGAUGGGUUUCAAUGAUUCUAUUAAGUCAUGUCAUCUAACUCCACAACAUCGAGGCCCAUUCAGACUUAGGAUCUAUGAAAAGGAAGAUUUCCGAGGUCAGAUGAUGGAAUUCACUGAAGAUUGUCCCCUGGUUUAUGAGCAGUUCCGCUACAACGACAUCCAUUCUUGCAAUGUGUUUGAUGGUCAUUGGGUUUUCUAUGAAGAACCUAACUACAGAGGACGUCAGUAUUACCUGAAACCCGGAGAGUACAAGAGAUACACCGACUGGGGUGCAUCAAACUCUAGGGUUGGUUCCUUCAGAAGAGUCCAGUAUCUCCAUUAAAAUGUAUAACAUGCCAGC